GUCCGCGCCGCGUAAAACAGGUGUCGUAGUCUCGUACACGAUUUCCGAUCGACUUCAAGUCGGCGCUUCGCGGGUGUAAAAAUGCCGUGAAACCCUUUUGUCUUCUGUACUGUGAAAUACCUCUCCUCUCUCCCAUUCUAUCUUUUGCCGCUUUAACCUCCUUCGAAAAAAGAAGCCUCAAAUGGCGGAAGAAGAGAAGGGGAAGGAGAAGAAUCCGAAGAAUAAUCAGAAUGCAAAGAAAAGAAAAAGGAAAGACGUCUUCAUCUAUGGAAAUUACAAAAGCUAUUACGGCUACCGUAUUGGGCAUGACAAGAGCGAAGAUCCGCGACUCUCUGUGUUAAAUAAGGAAUGGUUUGAAGACAAAGAUUGCUUGGAUAUCGGCUGCAAUCAAGGUCUUAUUACCAUCGCCAUUGCAAAAAAGUUCUCUUGUCGAAGCAUUCUCGGAGUAGAUAUUGAUGCUGGUUUAGUUGAGAAUGCGAAUUGGAACCUCAGAAGAAUAGUUAGAAUGGAACAUGCUGGUGGCAAAUCUGUCAAUGCCAGCACACCAGAUCUUUUGGAGAGAGUAAAUGGCUUGCACCAGAGUACUUCUGCAUCUUCAAGUGAGGUAGCAGUGGAUCUUCCAAAAGAACCGAGUCCUUUGAAGGAGCACACUCUACUUGAAAGAGUUUCAUUUCAAACAGAGAAUAUCAUCAAGAGCAUGAAUGCAUGCUGGGAGAAGUAUGACACAAUUCUUUGUUUGAGUGUAACAAAGUGGAUCCAUCUGAACUGGGGCGAUGAUGGAUUGAUUACUUUAUUUGUGAAGAUUUGGAGACUUCUUCGACCGGGAGGCAUUCUUAUAUUGGAACCUCAACCUUGGAAGUCGUAUAAAAAUAACCGCCUGGUAUCCGAGGCUUAUGUGACCUUAUCAACAGAUUGGAUGGCAAAUAAAAACUACCGAAACAUUAAGAUGAGCCCUAAGAAGUUUUUAAUGGUAGGGUGUUCAAUCACCACUGUUUCUUGGAGUAUGGUCCACCUGAUAAUUGGAUCUUCUUAAUUUUUGGUAUCAUGUUAUAAAGUGAUCUAAAAAAACUGAUGGACGGAGUAGAUACAGAAUACACACAUCAAGGUGAGCUCCAUGGUACGAGCUGCAUUGUCUUGGGUGAGGCCAGGGUCUCACCUAAUCCACUCCCCUGCACCACACAACAAGCAACAAAAUUUCUUGAAGUGUGAAAUUUACUUGGGCCCCACGCUGAUGUAUUUCUUAGAUCCACACCUUCCAUCUAUAUUUUCAGAUCAUUAUAGGAUACGAACCCAAACACAAUAUAGAUCAAAUAUCGUAUUGAUACAAAACUUCUGUCACCCUUGGUGUUCAAUCCCCACUGUUUUGUGUGGUAUGGCUCACAUGAGUUUUGGAUCUGCCUGAAUUUUAGACUCAUGUCCUAUUGUGGACUUGCAAAUCACAUGGAUGGAGUGGAUUUGUCAUGUACAUCUUUGUGGGCUCCACAGCCCCGGGCACCAAAAUAUCUAUGUGAUGGAGUCACAGGCAAUCUGCGGAUUGGGUAGCUAAAGAUGGACGGUUUUUGUUAAGGGGUUUGUAGGGUCCACCAUGAUGUAUAUGUUUUAUCCAUUAUGUCCAUCCAUUUUGACAAAUAAUUUUAAGGCAUGAGUGAAAAAAUGAGGCAGAUUGAAGGCUCAAGUGGUGGACCACACCACAGGAAGUAGUGGCGAUUGAAAGCUUACCAUUCAAAACUUCUUGGGGGGCUUAGAAGUUUUGGAUCAAGCUGAUAUUUAUUUUUUCCUUUCAUAUAGGUCUAUGUGACCAUACGAAUAAGUUGGAUGGCAAAUAAACAUCACAGCAGGCCUUUAGGAAGUUUUCAAUUGUAGGAACUCAAAUCUCCACUACUUCCUGUGGUGUGGUCCACUUGAGCCUUCAAUCUGACUUGGUGCCUCCUUCUUAGGCUCAUGCCACUAAACAAUCAGCGUGAUCCAAAACUUUUGUGGCCUACAAAAAGUUUUUAAUAGUCAAUGACCAUUGUUUCUAUGGUUGCCUACACGCAUUAAGAGGUUACCGUAUAAUAUUGGGCCAAGGUAACAGUGCCAUUUGUACGAGUGGGACCUAGGAUCUAAUGAUGAGAAGUGUUUUUCUGAUGGGACAUCCACCGAUGUGCCUAAGAACUUUGCAUUCAACACUUUCAUAUAUUUAUUUAAUUCCAUAGUACUCAUUGCUUAAUAUCAUCGAAGGGUUAUGAUUAUUCUAUCAAGAAGAGUAUAGCACAUGGUUCAUUAAUUGAGAGAUCAUGUUUGAGAGAUGUAUGUGGAUGGGGCAUAGGUGUGCCAAAUUUGGUGGCAAGGCAAUAGCGUGUUUUGUUUCAUUUUUUCCAAAAAGAUAGAAAUUGAGACAAUAGGGACAAAUAUGACAAAUUGCCAAAUUUCAGACAUUUGUGGUUUGUUUUUACCAAACAGGUUUUUGUGAAGAAAAAAAAAAACUUAUUUUCAGAUAUCAGAACUUUUUUCAGACAAAUUACGAAAUGGAUUUUUCAGUAAUAAGGACAAAAUUCAGCAGUUUAAGCUUUCAGCAACUAAAUUAAUUUUCAGACCUUAUUUUUCAGUUUACUAAACAACACCUUAGUUUCUAUAAGCUUUUCCAAGCCACGUGGAUGGGAUGGCUGCGAUUGUCUCACGAAAGUGAUUCUUUAGAAACAUGGGCAAUCCAUCAUGGUCCCUAACAAAUGAUGGAUCAAAUUGUUGAUUGGACCUAUUUGUGUAAAUGAUCUUGACUAUCCAUGUUUAAGGCCAUUGAUCAUCAAAUGUUUAAUACUUGUCAGAUGAGUGUGAUAUUUUCCUUGGAAGCCCAUGAAAUGCAUGUUCGACCUGAUGAACAGUCCAGAUUAAUGGAUUGGAAGUGUCCUAAGGCAAGUAGGAGCACUAUAACAGUGCUCUGAGAGAACUUGAGCAUUUCUCCAACAUAAUAUUCAGAAUAUCCAUAUCUGCUUUCAGAAUAGUUGUACUCAAACAUAUGCCAAAAACUGUGUUGUUAGAGAAUUUAGUUGGUUCUUUUAUUCCCCAAAACUGAAGAAAUGAAUAAAACCAUCAUACUGAUGCAUUAAACAAUAGAAGUUUACAUAGGCUUAUUAGAUUAUUUAUUGUUUCACAAAAGUGAAAAAAUAAAUGCUGUCUUCAAGAAUCACUGAAGUGGUUGAUUGGUAUUUACCGGAAGUAUAUGAAAGCCAUCUUGCAGUUGCACAUCGAACACCCUUCAGAAUAACUGCCAUGGCUUUAGUAUACUAUUGAUCCACCACUACCAAGGUAUUCAAUAAUGGUAGUGGUUGGCCGUUCGACUGCUACAUUGCAAGCUAUAAUGGUCGGUUUAUUUAUUUAUUUAUAAAUUUCCAAAAUAUGAGAGGAUUCCAACUAUAUAUUCUUUUCUGGUUUUGAACAUAUUUAUGAAGGUGUAAUAGACCAUUCUUUGGUAAGAAUGCUGUCUUGAGCUGCCUGAUGAUUUUAUUGACUUGAGGGCUCAAUCUGACUUCAAAAUUCCUAUAUUUAAUUUUUUAAAUAUCUAAUAUCAACGAUUUAACAUAAAUAUGAUUAUAUGAGCAUGAAUCUAAUGAUGAGAUAAUUAUAUAUUGAUAUUUAUAUAACCAUUUUAGCACGGAUAACUAUAGUAUAUCUGAUUUAGGAUAACUUGAAUGCCCCCAAAAUGGCUUGAAAUCUUGGUGCGGUUUAUGGAACUCAUCCCACUAAUACAUAUCCUUAACCAUUUAACACUAUUUCCCUAAAGAUAUUUGAGAAAAAAGAAUAAUAAAAAAAAUUCAGGGGAAUAGUGCCAAGUUGAUUUAGGACCACCGGAAUGAACUCCAAAACGGUAUGAAAUUCAUACUACAUGUGGAACUCAUCACACUAAUGCAUUUCCCUAACCGUUUGACCCCACUUCUCUCUCAACAAAUUUAAGGAAAAAAAUAAAAAUUAAAUUCAAAUGAAUUGUGUCGAGCCUAGUUAGAAUAACUCAAAUCCCCCUAAAACAACUCAAAAUUCAUGAAAUCUAUAGAAUUCAUCUCACUAAUAUAUAUCCCUAACCAUUUGACACUCUCUCCCUUAAAAAAUUCAAGGGAAAAAAUUACAUUAAUUUAGGAUGGUGCCGGGUUGAUUAAGGACCACUUGCAUGCCUCUAAAAUGGGCUGAAAUUCAUGCAUUCUGUGGGAUUUAUCCCACUAAUGCAUAUACCUAAGCAUUUGACAUCACUCCCCUUAAGAAAUUUGAAGAUUUUCGUUUAUUUUUAUUUUAUUUAAAUCUAGCACUAUUCAUUAAAAGAUGACCUGAAAUUACAAAAAAAAAAAAAAAAGAAAAAGAAAAGUAAUGGAAAAUGCUGAAUUAGUGCAUGCAUGAGUAGAUCUAAACUUACAAGUAUUUGAACAAUCUACACUCCAAAUUUUA